AUGGAUGGCAAUGAAGGAAGGACCUACGUGGACAUGGAUGCUGCUGGGAAGGCCCCUCCCGUCUCAGCACAGGAUACAGGAAAUUACUCACAAACAGUUAACAAUGAUAUGCUAGAUGACUUCUUCAAUCAGGAAGGAUUUUCAUAUAUAGGAUUGCUUCUUGGAACUAUGAAAAAAAAUGAAGUGAAUCAAAUAAGCGGUGACCAGGGACAAACUAGGAAGGACACAGAGGAUGACAAGGUGGACACAUCUACUUCGUUCCUGGACGAAGAAAUUGAUGAUCCAUGGAAUUUAAACAUGUUUGACAACAUGAACCUAGAUCAGGUUACUGAUAAUCCAAGUACAGAGCAAAACUAUGGGAUGAAGCACCCAAUGUCAGAGGAUUACCAUGAUCAAGCAUCGACAAGCACGUUUACUGACAACUCACCCAAUCAAACUGAAGAACAGCGCAAGGACAUAACUGAAGAAGAUAUACACAUAUUCCUACAAAAUGAAGAGUUAGCUGCUGAGGGAAAGGAAAUGGAGGAGGAUACACCAAAUGAAAGUGACAGCCAGUUAAAACCUGAAAAAGGAAUGCAAUUUCAGACAAGAGAAGAAGCUCGGAAGUUCUUCAACUUGUAUGCAUACACCGCUGGCUUCUCAGUAAGCAUUGUCUCUUCCUACCGUACUACAAGUAAGAAAAGAAACAAUGAAGUCAUACGAUUCACUAUGAAGUGCAACAAGUACGGGAAAAUAAAUGAACAAGAAACUGAGCAAGUUGUAGCACAGAGACAAAGCACGGUCAUAGCGAAAAGUGAUUGCAAAGUUGAGAUGGUGGUCAGUGAGAAGAAAGGAUUCUGGAAAAUUACAGGACUAAACCUUUUGCACAACCAUCAACUCAGCCCUCAAAGCAGGUUUUUCAGAUCACACAUCUAUAUGUCUAACGGUGAAAAGGAAAUGAUACGGACAAUGAAAUAUUGCAACAUGCCUACUAGAGACAUGGUUGCUGUCUUGGCAUUCAUAAGAGGAGGGAUGGAACAACUACCAUACAACAAGAGAAAGGUUAGCAACUACAGCAAUUCGAUAAACAGGGAAUUAACAAACAAUGACAUGUUGGAAGUUCUGGACUGGUUUAAAAAGAAAAGAACUGAAAAUCCAGGAUUCUAUCACUCGCUUGACUUGGACAAAGAAAACAAAGUCAGGAGUGUGUUUUGGGCAGAUGCAAGGGCAAUACAGUAUUAUGACAUAUGUGGUGACUGUGUGAGCUUUGACACGACAUUCCUAACAAAUAAGUACAAUCUCCCUUUUGCACCAUUUGUUGGAGUGUUGCCACACGGAAAAACUUACCUAUUUGCAUGCGCAUUCAUAGUCAACGAAACAUCAGAAAGUUUUCAGCGGUGCUUCAGGGAAUUCAAAGCAGCAAUGGGUGGAAAGCCACCAAAAACAAUUAUAACUGACCAGGACAAGGGCAUGGCAAGUGCAAUACCAUCUAUUUUCCCAAAUGCUAUACACAAAUGUUGUUUGUUUCAUAUCAAGAAGAAAAUAGAUGACAAGGGAGGCACUGUAUUUCAAGCAAAUGAAGGCCUGUAUGAGGAACUUCAAGACAUAAUUGACAAGUCCUUGACAGUGCAUGAAUUCGAAACACUAUGGCAGCAAAUGAUAAAUGAGUACAAUGUGGGACAUAUUAAAAUAUUCCAAGAUCUUUGGAAAAGCAGAGAGAAGUGGGUACCAGUUUACUUCAAGAAUCAUUUCUUCCCAUUCAUACAAACAACGGCUAGAAGCGAAGGCACUAAUGCAUUGUUCAAGAAGGGAGUUGGACCACAAUUUAGCAUGACAAGCUUCUUGAGAGAAUACCAAAGAAUAAUGGAUAACAUGCAUGCAAAUGAAAACGAGUUGGAUCAUAAUGCAACUAACAAGAAAGUCCGGGAGAAAAAAUUCAUCACUCAAUACUACAUUGAACGGCAGGCGCAUGAGCUGUACAAUUUAGCAAUCUUUAGAAAGUUCCAGCUAGUCCUAAAUGAUGUAACAAGACUCCAAAUAAGAGAAGAUGUUAAAGGGAAGAUGUACUGGGUGUUUCAUGAAGCAAAUUAUCCUGUAAGAGAGCAUAGGCACAGAGAAUACCUAGUACAAGUUAAUGAAGAAACAGAAGACUAUUCUUGCAUCUGCUGCAAAUUUGAUAAAGAUGGUCUUCUUUGCUCACAUAUCCUCAAAGUGAUGCUGCAACUGCAGGUACACAAAAAGAAGGACAAGAAGCUGAAGCAGUCAAGUCCAGGGACAAAACUCAAGACUGAAAAAAGACAAAGCAGACAACCGCUCCAAAAAGAAAUCGAACCUGAUUGCGUAGAAUGA